AUGGCAGCAGGCGAGAAUGAUGACGAAAUAGCCCAAGUUCUGCAACAUUUCCGAGUGAAGCCAGACUUCCUGACAAACAAAGGACAGCGACGGAAACGGGACAAACAUUCUGUACACCUGCGAUAUGUAAAGGAUAACAAAUGCUUGGAACUAUUUUGCCUGCACCUCCACGUUUCAAAACAUGAUAACCGAAUGGUUUUGAGAUUGAAAUUUCGGAUCUCCACAAGGAAGCCUCACACUGUAAUGUACCAGAGUUCCAAACUCUCAAAACCAGCGGAAAAGGCUCAAGCCGAUGAGAAGCUUCGUCAAAUAAUGGAUAAUUUAUGUGAAACGGUUUCUCGUUUUGCUGAAGCCCGAAUAGAAGAACUCUCCCUCUUCUCAGUCAUCUCAAAAUUGCUCGCCGCUCUCAACGGUAAAAUCAUUUUUAAGCAGCUGGCUAAAUUGCAACUUGAAAUAUCACAAUCAUUUUGCACUGACGGGGCUAAAACUGGGAAUAAGCAAGUCUACCACUUGCCGCGUGUUGAGAAAAUGAAAAAAUCCACAGAGCAUUGCAUGGACCUUCAAGUAUUCUUAAUGAGAUGCGCCGCAACCAGUAAAUCCAGGACAACAAUGGUGACACCCGUGCCGCCGGGCGACUUGUGGUCGAUGGCCGUGAACAAUGGAAUGACUGCACCACUGGUGCUGGCGACGACAAAUGAAUCCAUCGCAAUGCCUUUGACAGCUUUUCCACAAACUCUAUCAACCAAAUCUACAACCCAACAAUAUGAAAUUCGGUGCGCCCGACAAGAACUUUGUGGAUAUCUUUCAUGUCUUCCCUGGACAUUUGAUGGCCAUGUUUCGGCGGAAUCCUCCACAAAAGCUUUGAAAUCAGGAGCGAACAUAAGAGUCGUCUUAUCUAUGGAGGAUGCUAUGGGCGAUGAUUUGCCACGCUUUGAGAAGCUUGCCGAUGAAAGAGGGGUAGCUACAGCAUACCAUGGGACAAAGCUGAAUGCUGUGUGGUCCAUCUUGAACCAUGGUCUACUGAAUUUGAGUGGGACUCAGCAAUGCCAACACGGUGCCAUGCUAGGUUCUGGGGUUUAUGUCAGUCCAUCCCUACAAGUCGCCGAGUUCUUUGCCAAGAGCACAGAACUGCAACCUAACGUAUUUUGGCAGUGGGUGCAGAACCAGCAACGAAAGUCGUCCAUCAAAGACGGCGCUGCAAUUCCAUGGCUUGAUGACAUGCAAAUCACUGCAACAAAGGACUUCAACAUUGCUUGUCGGGCUGUUGUACAAACAAGGAUUAUUCUUCCUCCUACCCGCUCUAGCCCUCGAAAAGGAGGGACUGCUGCUGAUUUUCAGAACGCAACUCGACGGGACGGCAAAUACUUUGUGGUUCCAAAUGACCAGGACAUACAAAUUACCAAGAUACACCUCACAUUUGAGUUUCAAAAGAAGAGAUCCAAUUUGCUUGCAGGCAUCGCAUUCUGUCUCCUCAUUCUUUUGGGUGUCUUGCUAAAGCGCGCAUUGUAUGAGUAA